AUGAUUGAAAAUUAGCAAGAUGACCAAAUUAGUCCAAUAGAUUAUGGGAAGUAUCAUGCAGAGCCUUAAAAGGAUCAUCGGGAGUUGAAAUACAUGGCCACUAAAAUUAAUGAACCGAGAGGGAGAAUGCAGUAUCCCUAACAUGUGCAAGUGGCUAUUGAGGAUGAUACGCAUUCUCAUACUGACUCUAGAUGGUAUGCCAAGAACGAAACCUAUAAAUAACUUAUUGGAAAUGAGAGAACUGGGUUCAUAAGAAAAGUCUAUGCAAUUAUGAUAAUACAAUUGUUUAUAACCAUGAUCAUGUGUCUAAACUCUUACUUGUCACUUGAUUAUAGGAGAUUCUAAUUGCAAAAUACUGGAUAUGCCUAUUUGGCUCUAGCAAUAUCAAUAUUUGUAGAAUUGCUCCUCUUUUGCAUUCCCAAAUUUGCUUGGAGAGUGCCAUACAACUUCAUUUUACUCUUUAUAUUUACUCUCUGCGAAGGUUAUCUAAUAUCGAGUUUGUGCAGUUAUGUAUUUGAUAAAUAUAGUGAAAAUGGAGGAUUCAUUGUCUUGAUGGCAGCCAGUCUAUCAUUGGCAGCCGUAAUAGGAUUAACCUUAUACACCUGCAAAACAAAGUCAGAUUACACUACAAAAGGAGCUCUUUUGUUUAUGUGUGUUACUUCUUUACUGCUUUUUGGGAUAAUGGCUGGUGUUUACUAUCAGAAUGUUAUUAAUCUAAUCUAUUCAUUACUGUGUUGCCUUCUGUUUGGUGCGUACUUAAUAUACGAUACUUAAUUAAUAUUGGGGGGAAGUACCCAUAAAUUGUCCAUUGACGAUUACAUCAUUGGAUCAAUGAUAAUUUACAUAGACAUCGUGUACCUAUUUGCACAUAUUUUAAUGGUAUUAAUUGCAUGUCUUAGAUGAAGUAUAUUCGUUUUAAUAAUAUAACAUAAAGAUAUCAUCUA